AUGGUGGACUAUAGCGUGUGGGACCACAUCGAGGUGUCUGACGAUGAGGACGAGACGCACCCCAACAUCGACACGGCCAGCCUCUUCCGCUGGCGGCACCAGGUAGAAUGCGCGGAGCCAUUUGUGCUGGCCAAGCUGCGGGCUGAGGAUGGCCUCUACCUCAUCCAUUGGAGCACCAGCCGCCUCAACCGCCUCAUCCUCACGGUGGCCCAGCGUGAGCAGGCCCCGGGCACACAGCACGUGCACCUGCGUAAAUUCCCCAUUGAGCUGCAGGCCGGGGGCUUCACGCUGGAGGGUUGGGACCGGUCCUUCCCCAGCGUGCGGGAGCUGCGGGCUGCCCUCCAGGGUUGCUCCCUGCGGGCUGGUGAUGACUGUUUCUCCCUGCACCACUGCUGCCUGCCUCGGCCGGGAGAGAUCUCCAACCUCAUCAUCAUGCGGGGGCCUCGGGCCAGCACUGGUCCGCCCAACCUCAGCCAGCUCAGCUUCCACCGGAUCUGCCAGGAUGACAUCACCCAGCUGUCCCACUUGGGCCAAGGCACGAGGACCAAUGUGUAUGAGGGCAUCUUACGAGUGGGGGGCAGAGGCCCCAAGGAGGGCACGGCCGAUGGUGAGGACCCCCCUACACCCGGUGGGGACUGUGGGCAAGAGCUCCGAGUGGUACUCAAGGUGCUGGACCCCAGUCACCACGACAUCGCCCUGGCCUUCUACGAGACAGCCAGCCUCAUGAGCCAGGUCUCCCACGUGCACCUGGCCUUUGUACACGGCAUCUGCGUGCACGGCUCUGAGAACAUCAUGGUAACAGAGUACGUGGAGCACGGGCCCCUGGACGUGUGGCUGCGGCGGGAGAAGGGCCACGUGCCUGUGGCCUGGAAGGUGGCCGUGGCCCAGCAGCUGGCCAGCGCCCUCAGCUACCUGGAAGACAAGAGCCUGGUUCAUGGUAAUGUGUGUGGCCGGAACAUCCUGCUGGCGAGGCUGGGACUGGCAGAGGGCACCAGCCCCUUCAUCAAGCUGAGCGACCCUGGUGUGGGCCUGGGCGCCCUUUCUAGGGAGGAGCGGGUGGAGCGGAUCCCCUGGACAGCCCCCGAGUGCCUAUCUGGCGGAGCCAACAGCCUAACCACUGCAGCCGAUAAAUGGGGCUUUGGUGCCACCCUCCUGGAGAUCUGCUUUGACGGGGAGGCCCCUCUGCAGGGCCGUGGCCCUUCCGAGAAAGAGUACUUCUACCAGAAGCAGCUCCGGCUUCCUCAGCCCUCCUGCCCGGAGCUGGCCACACUCACCAGCCAGUGCCUGACCUAUGAACCAGCUCAGCGGCCCUCCUUCCGCACCAUCCUGCGUGACCUCACUCAGCUGCAGCCCCAAAAUCUUGCUGACGUCUUGGCUGUGAACCCCGACUCGCCUACGUCAGACCCCACCAUUUUCCACAAGCGCUAUUUGAAAAAGAUUCGGGAUCUGGGCGAGGGUCAUUUCGGCAAGGUCUGCCUGUAUUGCUACGACCCCACGAAUGACGGCACUGGCGAGAUGGUGGCCGUGAAGGCCCUCAAGGCGGACUGCGGCCCCCAGCUCCGCACCGGCUGGAGGCGGGAGAUCGACAUCCUGCGCACGCUCUACCACAAGCACAUCGUCAAGUACAAGGGCUGCUGCGAGGACCCAGGCGAGAAGUCGGUGCAGCUGGUCAUGGAGUACGUGCCCCUGGGCAGCCUGCGGGACUACCUGCCCCGGCACAGCGUGGGCCUGGCGCAGCUGCUUCUCUUCGCCCAGCAGAUCUGUGAGGGCAUGGCCUACCUUCACGCACAGCACUAUGUGCACCGAGACCUGGCUGCCCGCAACGUGCUGCUGGACAACGACAGGCUGGUCAAAAUCGGGGACUUUGGCCUAGCCAAGGCUGUGCCUGAAGGCCAUGACUACUACCGCGUGCGCGAAGAUGGGGACAGCCCCGUAUUCUGGUAUGCCCCAGAGUGCCUGAAGGAGUGUAAGUUCUACUAUGCAUCCGACGUCUGGUCCUUCGGGGUCACCAUGUAUGAGCUGCUGACCUACUGUGACUCCAGCCAGAGCCCCCCAUCGAAAUUCAUCGAGCUCAUAGGCCUCACCCAGGGGCAGAUGACGGUGCUGAGGCUCACUGAACUGCUGGAACGAGGGGAGAGGCUGCCCCGGCCAGAGAGAUGUCCUUGUGAGAUCUAUCUCCUCAUGAAGAACUGCUGGGAGGCAGACGCUUCAUUCCGCCCCACCUUCCAGAACCUCAUACCCAUUCUCAAGACAGUCCAGGAGAAAUACCAAGGCCAGGCCGCCUCAGUGUUCAGUGUGUGCUGAAUGAAGCCUACCGGUGGCUCUGGGGGGGGACUGGAGCAGGCACCCACCCAGAGGGCCUCGCCGCCCCCAGAGGGACCCGACAGGGAGAGGUCGGCCUUACCAUUCCCCGUGCCUUAUUCCUGCCUGGAGAUCCCACCUCUGUGAAUUGACUUUCCUUCUGUCUUACUCCCUUUGGGUUGCUGUAACAAUCCCACAGAUGGAGUGGCUUAUAAACAGAAAUUUAUUUCUCGCAGUUCAGGAGGCUGGGAAGUCCAAGAUCAAGGCUCCAGCGUAGUCACGUUUUGCUGAAGGCCCUCUUCUUGGUUCGUAGCCCACACCUUCUGGCUGUGUCCUCACAGGGCUGGGGGGACUCGGGAUCUCUCUGGAGUCCCUUUUAUAAGGACGCUGAAGAAGGCUCCACCCUCAUGACCUAGCACCUGCCAAAGGCCCACCUCCUAAUACCAUCACAUCGGGCAUUGGGAUUUCAAUGGGAGAAUUUUGAGGGGAUGCAACCCUUCAAACUGUCAUCCCUUCCAUGGUUAUGAGCCUGGCACAGGCCCGUGAGGGACCCAGGACAAGCAAGGACCUAAUCAGGCCCUUGAAUCCGAUCUUUCUGCCUCCCCCUCAGCUCCCAGCCUUAGUUAACACCCACCAUUUCCACCAGCUGGUAAUAAACUCGUCUUUUCUCUGCCGGAGGCUGUGAUCCUUGGGCCCUUCUUCAGCGAGUGUUUGCUCUCCUGGGGACUGCAACUAAAGCAAGAUACUGCAGAAGAAGCCAGACUAAACUCUCCAACCUUUGCUCACCUCCAAAUCACCAGCUAGCAGGCCAGUACCUGGAGCACAGAAGGCUCCCAGUAACUACUUGCUACAGAGACCAACAAAGGAUGGAGGCCUUGGAGGGGCUCUACCCCACGUAGAUAAGCCUGCCAGGUUCACCCUUUCCUGGCUGUGUGACUUCAGGCAAAUGGCUCUCCCUCUCUGGACCUUCGUUCUCAACUCUGAACUGGGCGUGGUCACGCGUGCUAUCUCAGAGGACUAAUGUAAAUAGCUAAUGAGGUUCUUUAUGACAGAGGCUUAGCAGAGAGACAUGGAAACAAUGUACUCAAUAAACAUUUGAUACUGUUGUUAAUCCGG